GUCGAGUAUAAGAUUUUCUAUUUAUUUUUUUUUGAGAUAAAUUACAUUUUUUUAUAAUUAUAAUACGUUAUCACAAUGCCUCCUAAAGGGAAAGGGAAGAAGAAGAAGGGACCUCCAGAGUCAGGAUGGAUGCCUGGAUUCGGUACCAAGGCAACAAUGAGUACAUACUUCCAGUACCCAACUCCCGAGCUGCAGGAGGAGCUCAGGAAGAUCGCCCAAGCGAUCGUAGCCCCUGGAAAGGGAAUCCUUGCUGCUGAUGAGUCCGUUGGUACCAUGGGUAAACGUCUCCAGGACAUUGGAGUGGAAAACACUGAAGAGAAUCGUCGCAAGUACCGCCAGCUUUUGUUCAGCACUGACUCGGCCAUUUCUGAGAACGUCUCUGGCGUGAUCCUCUUCCACGAGACCCUGUACCAGAAGACCGACGAUGGCGCUCCGCUGGUGUCGCUGCUGGAGAAGCGCGGUAUCAUCCCCGGCAUCAAGGUCGACAAGGGUGUGGUCCCUCUAUUCGGCUCCGAGGACGAGUGUACCACCCAGGGUCUCGAUGACUUGGCCCAGCGCUGUGCCCAGUACAAGAAGGACGGUUGCCACUUCGCCAAGUGGCGCUGCGUGCUGAAGAUCGCCCGCAACACGCCCUCAUACCAGGGCAUCUUGGAGAACGCCAACGUUUUGGCCCGUUACGCUUCCAUCUGCCAGAGCCAGAGAAUCGUGCCGAUUGUGGAGCCCGAAGUCCUGCCAGAUGGUGAGCAUGACCUUGACCGCGCCCAAAAGGUCACCGAGGUCGUGUUGGCCGCCGUCUACAAGGCUCUCAGCGACCACCACGUCUACCUUGAGGGUACUCUCCUCAAGCCUAACAUGGUGACAGCUGGCCAGUCCUGCAAGACCCAAUAUACUCCGAUGGACAUCGCUCGCUCGACGGUCACCGCUCUUCUCAGGACCGUACCUGCAGCCGUUCCCGGCAUCACGUUCCUGUCCGGCGGACAGUCCGAAGAGGAGGCGUCGGUGAACCUGAACGCCAUCAACACGGUCGAGCUGAAGAGGCCCUGGGUGCUCACGUUCAGUUACGGGCGGGCGCUGCAGGCCUCCGUGCUCCGCGCCUGGGCCGGCAAGCCGGAGAACGUGUUGGCUGGACAGCAAGAACUCCUCAAGCGCGCUAAGGCAAACGGCCAGGCAUCGCAGGGGAAAUACGUCGCCGGAUCAGUCACAGGUGUGGGCGCCGACGCCGGUCUCUUUGUAGCAAACCACGCGUACUAAACAAAAUACUAGUAUCACAGUCGCUGUUACAUAAUACUAGUUCCGCACAACCGAGUGACAGCAAAGUCCGGCAAAAAAUAUUUUCAUGUGUUGACGAAAUAUCUCGGAUCGUAUCAUUAUAGUUUUACUUAUAUUAUGUGUUAUACGUGCCGUAGAUUUCUUGAACACUAGUAUUGGGCCCGUUUUUUAUUUCGGAACUAGGAAUUUAUGUAAAACUAUUAGGGUAUAGUCUUAUUUUGUAAGUUUAAAUCGCUUUACAACUUAUUCAGUAAAUGUUGCAAUCUAGUAAUGUUGACGUAUCUUUGGUAUUAUUGCAUCGAGAUUAAUCUCUAUUAUUGUCAGUAGAUUGACUUGUAAUGGUAGAUAAAAAAAAAUUACUUGAAUGUUAUUUCUACACUCUCUUCAAACGUAUAAAGUACCAAAACCUAGUAAAAAAAAUAUGUACUUUAAAUUUAAAACAGCACCAUUAAAAAAUGAUGUUGAAAUACUAAUACGCAAAAGAGAGUGUUUUUAAAAUCUAUCUAUUGAUAAAAAGUUGUUAGUAAAAAAGUAAUAUUUAGAACAGAUUUUAUUAGUAUAAUGUAAGCUGUACUUUGUUAAUAUUUUUUUUUAUUUAUUAUCGAAUUAUGUUGCCAGUGUUAGUUAAUGUAUUUUGAUAUUGUAAGACAAUGAAAUUAUAUUCUUGAUCAGGUA